UUGACUGUCACAUUAAACUACGGCAUCCAGACAUCAGUACUCAAAGUAUAGCUGACGUGGUUUACAUUUAUUAGAUGACGGACUUGCCGGUAACUGUUGAUGUUGCUGAUGUUUCUUUCCCUUAACCGCAUCUCAUGAUUCGCAAGUUUACGUUUGUAAAGGAUGGCGGGCGAAAUGUCAAUACUUGGUUCUACAAUCUUGGCCCUCUUCUUGGCGGGUUACCUGGGGCAACAGUACCUUCCACCUCCCAAGCCCACAGUCAUCGGUUUGGAUCUGGGGACCACGUUCUGCUCGGUGGGGGUGUUCCACCCCGGUGUGGGAGACGUCGAAGUAAUCGGCGACGCGGAGGGUCGAAAAAGCAUUCCCAGUGUGGUAUCCUUCACGCUCACUGAGGUCCAUGCGGGAUACGCUGGCCAGGAGCUCGCGGACAGUAACCCAUACAACACCAUUUACGACGCCAAGCGGUUCAUUGGGAAAAUAUUUGAUAAACCUGAAGACCUGGAGCGAGAAAGUGCCCGAUAUCCAUUCAAGGUGGUCUACAACAACGGGAGCGUGGAGUUCCUGGUGUCGACGAAUCGCACGUUUGCCGUCAGCCCGGAGUUCAUCAGCUCCCGGCUCCUGCUGACGAUGAGGAGGAUGGCGGAGAAGCAGCUGGGCGUGCCGGUGCGGAAGGCCGUCAUCUCCGUGCCCGCCGAGUUCGACGAGCGGCAGAGGAACUACACCGUCAGGGCCGCGAACCUGGCAGGUUUGGACAUCCUGCGCGUGAUUAACGAGCCCACUGCCGCCGCAAUGGCUUAUGGGUUACACAAAGCGGACGUGUCCAACGUGCUGGUGGUGGACCUGGGAGGGGGCACCCUGGACGUGUCCCUUCUGAACAAGCAGGGGGGGAUGUUCUUCACCAGGGCCAUGGCAGGGAACAAUAAACUGGGCGGACAGGACUUCAGCCAGAGGCUGCUGCAGCACGUCGUGGAGAAGGUCCGGCAGCGGUUUGGGGUCCCGCCUUCCCGCAAGGAGGACGUGCACCGCCUGCGGCAGGCGGUGGAGGCCGCCAAGCUCGACCUCACCCUGAAGCCCAGCGUCCUCCUGGAGGUGCCCCUGCACCUGGAGACGGGCGGCCCCGGGGCCCCGAAGCCCGUGCUGUUCCAGGAGCCCGUCACCCGGGAGCUGUUCCAGGAGCUCAACGCCGACCUCUUCCAGAAGAUCCUGGUGCCCGUGCGGACGGUGCUGGCGGAGGGCCGCCUGGGGAGGGAGGAGGUGGACGAGGUGGUCCUGGUCGGGGGCUCCACCCGGAUCCCCCGGAUACGACGAAUCAUCGCCGAGUUUUUCGGCAAGGAGCCCAACACCUCGGUGGACCCCGACCUGGCCGUGGUCACGGGCGUGGCCAUCCAGGCGGGCAUCAUGGGCGGGGCUUGGCCCCUGCAGGUCAGCGCCCUGGAGAUCCCAAACAGGCACCUGCAGAAGAGGACCUUCCACUGACAGGGGCAGGGUGGCGAGGGCCAGGUGAUAGAGGAACUUUUUUUGUUUUUUUUAGGGUCCAUCUCUGUAGCAGCUCUUCAGGGUGACUCUUGUGCUGUGCUGCAAGCUGUGUUUGAAAGGCCUGCUUCCUCCCUGCUUUCACCCCAGUCUGAGGCGCAAGCAGGACGGGACAGAAAAUCCUGGCAGCCAGCUGGGACCAUCUCCAUCAACAAGCUGGACCUCACAACGAGAGGAAAUCCAGCUGUGUGUUGGUUCACACACCUGGCAAGAGAGGCCAGUCAGCUUACUGAAAUGUUUUCAGAAGGAACUGAAAUACAGUAUGCAUAAAAUAAAAAUUAAUUGAAUUUAAUACUCUCAAACAGAGCGGGAAGGUAUUACACAUAAGCAUAGGCCCUGUCUUUAAGGGCUGUAUUUAAAUAUCCAUUCCAUGUGUCUGAAUAAGAACACAGUCGACGUUACUGUAGGUAAGAAACCGAUAUGGCAUGUGGGAACAUGAGUUUAAAAAGUGAACUCCUUGCUGGCCGUCGCUGUUGCACACGGGGUCAAAAUGAGUUGCGGUGUCCAUCGCAGCGACGGUCACAAAGUGAAAAAUAAGAAGGAAAAAAAAACGGAAAAACGAAUUUACCACAGGACUGUGAUUAAAAUGCAUAAUCCGCUAUUUAUUUAUUUAUUUUUAAGUCAGUGUGCGAUGUCUGCGUGAAGAGUAUGUUGCCUUUUAUUUUUGUGAUAUCCUCCUUGGACAGCCCAGGGAAGAUGGGCCAGUGCCUUUGGAGGAGGCUGCUGUACGGGAAUCUCGCACUCUGUGUAAUUCGUUAGUAGCGAUACCAGGCAGAGACCCAAGGUGCCGCAUGACACACACCAGGUACUACAGCAAGGGCUAAAGCAAACGCAUUCGAAAAAAAAGCCUGAGGCUAAAUAACUGAUAAAAAAAAGCAGGGUGAUUAACUAUAAUUAGGCCAACCAGUAUUUGGAAGCCCCUCCCACCCACGCCUUCACCGUUUGUUUUGUGUGCAUUCUGUAGGGGCCACUAAUUAGUGUAUUAUUAGUGUACAGGUGUGUGGAAUCAAGAGGACAGAUUAAAAACUGCAUAAAUGAAAAAGUACACGAAAAAGUGUAUUGCUAUAAAAUGUCCAAUUACAAGAAUCAAGGAUGCCUUCAGACUUAAAAAUAUAGAUUUAAGAGCAUCUUGGUGGAACAAUUAAGCUUUUGAGGGUAUUUGGAUUUUUUGCACUCCCUUAAAAUCCAUAUGCAAUGCAUUCCGUUAUAACUGUUUUAUUACUGAUACUGUAUGCGAUCAGCACAACAUUUUUGAUGUGAUGUGCGUAAUACUUGCAGUUCUUAGUUUACCAUGAAAAAAAAAAAACUUUUAUGCUCAGGUGCUUGUCCAGUUGCAAUUAAAUGCUAAAUGUUUUGUUCUGCUACACUUCCAGUUUUGAUUUAAGCCUUUAGGAGUUUUAAAGGCACUUGGAAUAUUUUGGUAUAUAAUGCAUCAUUAAAGCACUGUUGCCAGACUAA